UACUUGGUUUUAGCCGAAGUUACACGGAGCUCACGAUCUUCUAAUAUUUUACCUGCUAGAUAAGAAGUGGAGAAGUUAUGGCCUCCAACCCCCCAGGACGGACCCCCCCUGGAGGCAGCGGGACGUCAGGUACCGCCGGGCCCCCCUCCCCCCUGGUGUCCAGACGAGGGCGGGGCACCCCCCGCAGGUUACCGUCUAUUCGCAGUCCCCGUGAUCUCACGCUAGGCGGCGUGCCAAAGAAAACCUUUACCCCCAACAUUCCAGUUCGAAAGGAAAGAAACAAAAAUGGUAGUACUAAGGGGCAAGUCAGCGAAAAGAGGAGAGGAGAGGGGGAGAGUCCGCGGGGGGAGGGGGAGGGGCAAGGGGGGAGGGGGGAUGUCAUCAGAACACACUCCAUCUUUGAGGAGGGUCCAGCUGGCAGACAGAUCAGGAGAGGAGGAGGUGGAGGUGGAGGUGGUGGGUCCUAUGGUCCCUCUGAUAUGCCUGCACCUGUUUACAAGGCUGGGACCAGAACAGACAUCCCAGAAAACAAGGAAGACACCAAGAAAAUCCUCAAGGCUUUGCAGAGAGAUGAUUUUGUGAGUGACCUUGGCUAUAAGGAGACAGAGAAAAGUCUACUGCCCGUCCAGGUGCCUCUAGUAUCCACAGGGUCACUUGUAAAACACAGGGAAGAGGAAGAGAUGGACACAGACACCAAACCUGAGGUCAAAGUAAAGUCUGAGCCUGUAGAAGAUGUUGAGAUGGAGGAUUUGACUGAACCAGGUGUCUCAACUGCACCUGUGAAGGCGGAGCCUGCUCAGGUGAAGCCUGAAGUGGGGCGGGGCAAAAGGGUGUCGUGUGCAGAGUUGUUCUGUAGUAAGGCUGGGAACGACGGUGAGAUGCUGUUCUUCCAGUUACCGGACACCCUCCCCAUACUCCCUCCCUCCCGAGACGAUGACGGUAGAAGAGAAGUCAAGAAGGAAGAAGGGAAGGUCAAACAGGAAAAGGAAGAGGACAAACCUGCAGGUGAACUCACCUCAGUGUUACCCAACAUGGCGGAAGGUUACAUCGGGAAGCUACAGGUGCUGAAGUCAGGAAGAACACGGCUAGUUUUAGGGGACGUGGCUCUGGACGUCAACAUGGGAAGCCAUUGUUCCUUCCACCAGGAGUUGGUGUCUGUGAGACAUGAUGCAGAGGCCCAGACAGGAGACAUGACCAUAUUAGGACCUGUAAAGCACAGACUGGUCUGUACUCCAGACUUUAACACUUUACUCAAGCUCAGUUAGCACCUAGGUUGUACAUGUAUGUGUACAUGUAUAGUAGUUCAUGUUCUCGGGACCUUUGUGUCUAUUAUAGAGAUUUUUAUACAGACAUGUUCUCUGUCACAGUCAUUUUUGGUCACAUAAUUAGUUAACAAAAUAUAGUUAAGAGCAUAAUAAGUUUACAUUAUUUCUGAUCAAAUCAGAUUUCUUACAUCAGCAAUGAGAAACUCAGCCUGUUAACUAAGCCUGUAUAUACAUGUAUGUCAGGGUAGAGACUCAUCAUCAUUGGCAGUCCAGUCUCGGAAGACAGGUAGAAUAUACUAUUAGGCAAUCAGGAUCUCUACUGGCUUUCUGAUUCUACCAGAUCAGAGUCUCUGACAUUAUGUACAUGAGUUGGGAAACAGGUUUUACAGAUGACUCAGUGCACUUCUUGUCACUUCUGUAUCAUGUUAUUCAAGAUUAUGAAGGAACCUACAAGGCUGUGACAAAAAUUGUCUUGUCUGUGUCAAGAAUGUAAAUAAACAAUUCUUGGUUACUGA